AUGCCCGCGGGUUCCAGCGACAAGUCGCAGCAGCAGCCCAUCGCUUCUGCCUUCCCAGCCUCCAACCUCUACCCGAACAAGAACAUCUGGUCAUCGUCCAUCUCCAAUGCGAGGGACCGCUCUAUCGCUUCCAAAGACUCCGAGGAGAACCCCUCUGGAUCGAGCGCGCUCAACGCAAACUCUGAAGCCGACGUCGUCUGGGGAGCCAGUCCUUGGAACACAGAGAACCCUCCUCGAUCUACGAGCACGUCGCCUAACCGGACACGCGAUGGCGGCAUCACCAACGGGUCGGGUUUCUUCGACCCCACACACCCUGCGAUCGGAAUGAAGAAGGGGGGAUUCAACGGAAAGACAUUCCAGGACGAGACGAAUGGACACAACGCGCCCUACCCUUCUCAAAAGCGGAGUCCUCAGGAGGGCUCAUACAUUGACUCGAUGGCUGCCUACAACUCGUCUCGCGACUCCAAUGUCCCUCCCUCGCGUCAAUCACAGGGCUCCCCAGCCUACAACGAGAUGUACGGCCAUGGACGUGGCCACACGCCCAGCAACUCCAUCCAGUCUCAGCGACCAAUGCCCACCCAUUCAGCCUCAUUCCAGAACCAGUCGGCAAACCAGCGGGCGUUCAACUUCAAUAACAAGCAGAUUGAAGAUGACCUGUCGCUGCAAUUCACCCGCAGGGUGACCAUGGACAGCGCUGUUGCCGCCUCUGGCAACUCAACCUUCAAUCCGGCCUCCCAGCCCUUCCAGAUGAACCCUGGCUCCCAAUCUUGGGUGAACGAAGCUGCCGCGUCUCGGUUCAGCAACAGCAUCGACUUGGGAUCUGACCCAUUGGCUGCCCAGUUCCACGCCAUGAAGCGGGGUUCUGUCGACCGCAUCUCACCCGCACCCAGCUAUCGCCUAGAGCAAGGAAGCAGUCCUAGAAGCUACGCGCCUACUCCGGAUCCCUGGAGCGGCCGUCCCUCUUCCCGAGACCCGCGAUCCGCUGAACAAGAGCGCCGGACUCCAGCUCAAUACGCUCCACCUUUCCCUCCCUACUAUCCCAACCAGUAUCCCUACGCCAACUUCGCCUCUCAGUAUCCCCCCAACUUCCUCGAUCCCUACACCCAAGGCUUCCGUCACCCCAUGCUUCCUGGCUAUACCCUUCCUCCCCUGCACGCUAGCUAUGCCCUGGGUGCCAAUGUGCCUAUCCGGCCGGCCCGUGAUCAGGACCCUGGUAAGGGCGUCCGCAGCGUUCUUCUUGAUGAGUUCCGACUCAGCAGCAAGUCCAACAAGCGGUACGAGCUCAAGGACAUCUACAAUUACGUGGUGGAGUUCAGCGGUGACCAGCAUGGAUCGCGAUUUAUCCAGCAGAAGUUGGAGACUGCGAACAGCGACGAAAAGGACCAGGUAUUCCGGGAGAUUGAGCCCAAUGCCAUCCAACUCAUGAAGGAUGUGUUUGGAAACUACGUCAUCCAGAAGUUUUUUGAGCACGGCAACCAGGUUCAGAAGAAGGUUCUUGCGGAAAAGAUGAAGGGCAAGGUUGUGGACUUGUCCGUACAGGUGUAUGCCUGCCGUGUGGUCCAAAAGGCUUUGGAGCACGUCCUGGUGGAGCAGCAGGCCGAGCUUACCAAGGAGCUUGAGUCCGAAAUUGUUCGGGUCAUCCGAGACCAGAACGGCAACCAUGUUGUCCAGAAGAUCAUCGAGCUUGUGCCACGUCAGCACCUUGACUUCGUCAUGGCGGCCUUCAAGGGUCAUGUGACGGGCUUCGCUUCUCAUGCCUAUGGAUGCCGCGUUAUCCAGCGCAUGCUCGAGCACGGCAAUGAAGAUGACAAGGCCAAGAUCAUGGCUGAGCUUCACGGCUCGAUCCAGAUCCUCAUCACCGACCAGUACGGCAACUAUGUUACGCAGCACGUCAUCCAGAAUGGGAAACCCGAAGACCGAGCGCAGAUCAUCCAGCUGGUUAUGUCUCAGCUCGUGACUCUGUCGAAGCACAAAUUCGCGUCAAACGUCGUGGAGAAGUGCAUUGAGUACGGUUCGCCUCAACAACGGUCAGGAAUCCGAGAACAGCUUACGGCUGUGGGAAGCGACGGCACCAGCCCUCUCCAGCAGAUGAUGAGGGACCAGUAUGGAAAUUAUGUGAUCCAAAAACUGCUUGGGCAACUGGAGGGUACCGAGAGGGAGCUCCUAGUCGAAGAGAUCAAGCCCCAAUACUUUAGCUUGAAGAAGAGCGGGACUUCGCGACAGCUUCAGGCUUUGGAAAAGCUGCUUGGACUCAGCAGUGGCAGCACUCUGACCAAGACAGGAUCGAACGGACUCCAGGUUGACUCGUCGGCCCCCACGCCCUCUCUGACGAACGAGACCAACAGCCCCCAGAGCAGCAGCCCGCCCAGCACCAGCGCCAGCGCUGUGGGUGUUCCUGCUGACGACGGAGUGACCAAGGCCUCGGUGGAGGGCGUCACACCCCAGGUGCAGGACAACGAGGUCUAA